AUGCCACACGAUCCACUCAUCUUCAUCCACGUGGCACUCACCAAAGAACUUAGGGGAGAUAUCAUGUCGAUAUUGAAAGAAGAAUCACCCGACUCAUCGCCAACAUGCGAAGAAGUAAAAUGUGCGAUGUUCUACUCGAUCACUUCUCAGCCAGGUUUAUCUGGGAUAGAUCUAGGAAACUUUCUAAUUAAACGAGUUGUUCGAGAACUCCAAGCCGAGUUUGGGACAAUAAAAAUCUUUUCGACGUUAAGUCCAAUACCAGGAUUUCGGCAAUGGCUAGCGAACACAAUUAACAUUAAAGAUAGAGCGGUUCUGGAUGAGGAGGAAGAAAUAAAUAUCAAGAAGUUAGAAGAUCCCGAUCGGAUGUCUGCCAAAAAUGAGAGUGGAGCCAGGAUUUUGGGUGAAUUAAUUCAUAGAAAGGAUUGGUUUGAUGAUCCAAAGUUUGUAGAAGUAUUGAAACCUAUUCUAAUGAGACUUUGUGCGAGAUAUUUAAUUACCGAGAAGCACAGAAAUGCCGCUCUCGAUCCUGUUGCCCAAUAUGUUGUGAUCAAAUACCCGAGGAGAAACAAUAUCGCAAGAACAAUUACAAAACUCAAACAUAAAUUACAAAGGGAGUUGGAAGCUUACAGUCAAAUUCUGACAUGCUGA